AUUUUCUACUUCCGCUUCCGGCGCUGCGGAGGUCCAGGUCGAAGAUGGCGGUAGCUGUUACGUCUCGGCUUUCUAGGCUGCUGGGUCGGUCCCGCCCACAGCUGGGGCGGCCUAUGUCGAGUGCCGCCGAGAGCGGAGAAGGUUCAGCUCGCAUGUGGAAGAUGCUCACCUUCUUCGUCGCGCUCCCGGGGGUGGGAGUCUGCAUGCUGAAUGUGUACCUGAAGUCGCAAAAAGAGCACGAGAGACCCGAGUUCGUCGCCUACCCUCAUCUCCGCAUCAGGACCAAGCCGUUUCCCUGGGGAGAUGGUAACCAUACCCUAUUCCAUAACUCUCAUGUGAAUCCACUUCCAACUGGCUACGAAGAUGAAUAAAGAGAAUCUGGACCACUGUCUGGGCAUCAGGGACCACAGCACUGGUUUGGACCAUUACUCUGCACAUGGACCAGAAAAAGUAUAUGGGACCUUAAGCUCACCUUCUUUACCUGUAUCAGUUGAUGACUGGUAUACUGAUCUUCCAUUCUUUUGCUUGUGGCAGGAGAUGGCUUAAAUAAAUAACUUAAACUUAGAUUGGU